GUAUCUUUGGAAUACAAAGUUAGUCGAUUGUGAAAAUUUGUACAGUUUGUACGGUUGUGAUUAACGAAAAGUUAAAAGUAAAAGUAUUUUGUUUUGAGCGUUCAAACAGUGAGAUUAUUUAGCUGAAAUGGCCCGUACCAAGCAGACCGCUCGUAAAUCCACCGGAGGCAAGGCGCCCCGCAAGCAAUUGGCCACCAAGGCGGCCCGCAAAUCUGCGCCGUCCACUGGAGGCGUAAAGAAGCCACAUCGCUAUCGCCCUGGAACCGUGGCCCUCCGUGAGAUCCGUCGCUACCAGAAAAGUACCGAGCUCCUGAUCCGCAAGCUGCCCUUCCAGCGCUUGGUGCGUGAGAUUGCCCAGGACUUCAAGACGGAUCUGCGUUUCCAGUCUGCGGCCAUCGGAGCCCUGCAGGAGGCCAGCGAGGCGUAUCUGGUGGGUCUGUUUGAGGACACCAAUCUGUGCGCCAUCCAUGCCAAGCGUGUCACCAUUAUGCCCAAGGACAUCCAGCUGGCCAGACGCAUCCGAGGCGAGCGCGCCUAAAUGCCCAUGGCCGCCAUCUUGGAUUGGAAAAGUAGCGGCGGCGGCGGCGGUGGCGGUGGAAAGAGAAGUUGCUGUAACCCACAGCUGUCGUUUGGCGGGCAAGAAGGGGAGCAAGAGGAAGCAGAAGCAGCAAGAGCAGCAGCGGCCGCCGCUUAGUUCUAAGUUUGUGUGUCUAAGGUCUAUGUAUGCUUAACCCUAAGUAAAGAUCAAACUUCUUUCGUUUGCUUCAA